CGGCACUGAGCUGUGGGAGAGGACGGGCUGUUCUUAGAGCUUUAACGGGGUGUUAUGUUCUUAAAUAAAACGUUAAUAAUCAUAAAAAAAUAUUUUAUUAAAAAGUAAAACGUCGCCUAGGUGGCGUGGAAAUAGGAAAGGGUUCCGAAAGCACUCGGUUUUGUCAUUAUUUGGCUGUUUUGCGGCUUCCUUCCUGUUUUGUUCUGUCAGGGAGGAAAAGACAGCGCGAGCUGAGAAACCUCUCUCUCUCUCUCUCUCUCUGUGUGUGUGUGUGUGUUCUGUCCUGUCAUCCUCGGUUGUCGUGUCCCCGGGUUUGAUCGCAUCCUGCGGAGUCUUAAUGACCGCGGAGGAUGAGCCCAGCUAUCGAGGGGAUGGAGCCAGAGCAGCCGAUGGCUUUAGAGAAAGGGGUUCUGCUUGAGCCCUUCGUGCACCAGGUGGGCGGCCACUCGUGCGUGCUGCGCUUCGGCGAGCAAACCAUCUGCAAACCGCUCAUCCCGCGCGAGCAUCAGUUCUACAAGAGCCUCCCGGCGGCCAUGCGGAAGUUCACCCCGCAGUACCGAGGGGUAGUGUCGGUGAGCUUCGAAGAGGACGAGGAGGGUAAUCUGUGUCUCAUCGCCUACCCACUGCACAGUGAUCUGGGUGAUCUGGAGAAUGUGGAUCCCUCAUCUGACCUGGAACCUAAGAAUAAGAUGAAGUGGUCCAAUAAAAUGUUGCUGGACAAUGAAGGCUAUAGCAAGGAAAGGGCCAGGCACUCACGCAAAGACAAAGACAAGAGUCUGAAGCGGGAGGAGGAGCUGGAGUGGUUCCAGCAGGCCGAGGUGCUCUACUAUAGCCUGGAGAGGAGUAAUGCCUCUGCACCGCAGCUCAAGCACAACCCCUGGAGCCUCAAGUGCCACCAACAACACCUGCAGAGGAUGAAGGAGAACGCCAAGCACCGCAACCAGUACAAGUUUAUCUUGUUGGAGAACCUGACAUGGCGUCACACAAUGCCAUGUGUUUUGGAUCUGAAGAUGGGCACAAGGCAGCAUGGUGAUGACGCGUCCGAGGAAAAGAAAGCCAUGCAGAUCCGCAAGUGCCAGCAGAGCACAUCGGCCAGCAUUGGUGUCCGUCUCUGUGGCAUGCAGGUGUACCAGUCCAACUCAGGUCAGCUCAUUUUCAUGAACAAGUAUCAUGGACGCAAGCUGACGUUGGCUGGUUUUAAGGAGGCUCUGUUCCAGUUCUUCCAUGAUGGGCGGAGGUUGCGGCAUGAACUCCUUUCCCCUGUGCUUCGGCGCCUUCGAGAAAUGCAGGCCGCCCUGGAGGCGUGCGAGAGUUACCGCUUCUACUCCAGCUCACUCCUCGUUAUUUAUGAUGGGGAACUGCCGUGCUCACGUCGCUCUACUGAGGACCGCCUCUCUGAUGAAGAGGGAGAAGAGGAGGAGGAGGAGGAAGAGGAGGAGCAAGGCGCUUUUGGGUUUCCUCACAGCACUGGAGGAGCGAGUGCGAGCAGCAGUAGUGGUGCUAGCAGUGGUGCUAAUAGCAGCAGUGGGAACUCCAGGCCGGUGGUGGAUGUGCGAAUGAUCGAUUUCGCCCACACCACGUGCCGACACUACAGGGAGGACAGUGUAGUGCACGAGGGCCAGGACUCAGGAUACAUCUUUGGCCUACAGAACCUAAUAACCAUCAUCUCUCAGUUAGAGGAACACGGUGCCGAUUGAACUGGGCAUUUUGCUUGCAAUAUCGAAACACACAAAAAUAACACAAAUAUACAACCCGACUGCAAAUUGUGAAAUUAAAACGGAGUGAGUUUACCAGUGUAAAAUCCCUCUGUCAAAGAUCGUCGUCUCUUUCUUUCUUGAUUUCUUUCUGUAUUCCGAUCCAUCCAGUACUCAUAAAGGGGCAUUAAUGAAGCUGCAAGAUUUUAGCAGGUUCAUUUAUGUCUUAUGUUGGUGUUCCUUUUUAUGUUUUCCUGUUUUAUUCUGUUUUAUAGAGGAUAAAAAAGGGGAGAAUACCGGGGACAUGACAGUGUUUUAUUUACUUGACUAGCUGACUGGUAGCCUUCCUCACAUUGUCCCCUCUCCCCGACUGUUCAAUGUUUUACAUCCCUGCUUUUUUUUUUUAAAUGCAUUGACAGGCAAAGAAAAAAAAGUGUAAAUAAUAAACUGAAUUUAGUCAUGGCCAUUCCAGAAGGAUGUAGCAUUACAGAUUGCACUCAGUUGUUUGCUCGUACUCUGUGAUGAGAGCAAAUGGAAGGUGGAAGUUGCUUUCAGUGAAGAAAUAACCACUCUUACAACGUUUUCCACUGUAGAGAGAGAACUAUAUUUGUGUGAGUGGUAGAGGCACACAGAGACUAUAAAAGAUCUUUAUUUAUUUGGCAUACUGUAUUUCUUAUAUAAACUUUAAAAAAAAAAUAGUGACAUAAACUACAUUCCAUGUUAUUACUAUUAUAAUGGUAAUAAUAAUAAUAGUGUUUGACCUGUUCAAAUACCUGUUCUGUCAACAGAAUGGAGGGAAAAUAAA